UCAAAACAGUUCUUCUUUCAGCAUUUUUGCUAGCAGAUUUCUCGAUGGUAUAUUUUGAUAUAUUUUGUUCACUGGUAGAGUCAUGCAAAAAAAAAAAAAAAACCAAAAAAAAAAAGAAGAUGAUGAUUUAUUUAUUCAUUAAUUCAGGUGCCUGGGUGAUUUUAUGCCGAGGAAGUCCACGGAAAUCCAGCGUUCAUGCACCGUGCGUGUGUGUGUGUGUGUGUGUGUGUGUGUGUGUGUGUGUGUGAAUAAUCCUGAAACUGGGCGGGAAUUGUCCUUAUAAAGGAAUGAAGGGGAGGACGACUUCUCUCCAUUCUGCUCUCUGCUUCAGAAGGACGCAGAUGUCCCACACAGCAAUGGAUUUACCAGGUAAAAAAAAAAGGAUGAACUUAAGAACUUAAGAGGAGAGAAUAUACAGCUAAAGAAAGAUUUUUUUGUGGAUGUAAAUGAGCAGGAGAAUUUGCAUGUGAUUUAUUGUAAUGACUUCAUAUACACGUUGGAUUUAAAUCUAUAGAUAUAAUGUUAUCUGUAGUGCAGUUAAAAGGAUAAAGUUUAAAGUUGUUGAUCUAUGGUGGAGGCAGAUGAUGGUCAAGUGAACCUUAGAGGCAAAAUGUCAACAUGAGUUACAAUUUUUAAAGUUGCUUGAAUGACAGUUUCAUUUGUAAAUUAGAGAUUCAUUGCAAAGUUUAUGAGAACAAAACUGUGCGAAAUUUUUAUUAAUAUAAACAGAGAUUGUGCUUUGUAGAGAUUUUGGUCUUUUAAAACUUAAUCUGUACUGCACUUUUCUUUUUCCCCCAGAAUAUAUCAAACAAAUUCUCUGAAUAUCUCCAAUAUCAGUUGAGAAGAAGGAGGGAAAAGGCGAGCAUCAGUUAGCGUUAGAGAAAUAAAGACAAACAAACAAGAGAGAUCGGAGGAGGCGAUUAACGCCAUAAGAAUUCCUCGAAGGAGUUGGAUUUAACAGAUUUGUAACCUUGCCUCUGUGAUUAUGAUGGGACGCUACAUCGCACAGAUGUUGGUGCUUGUCUUCGCUCUCCUCCUGGUGCUUGGCAUUGACGUGGCAUUGGGUCAGAAUGACACCGAACCCGUCGUGCUUGAGGGGAAAUGCCUGGUGGUGUGCGACUCGAACCCAUCGUCGGAUGGCGGUGUGACAUCAGCGCUUGGCAUCUCGGUGCGCUCUGGGAGUGCCAGGGUAGCGUUCUCGGCCGUCAGGGGCACCAAUCAUGAGCCGUCUGACAUGAGCAACACCUCCACCACCAUCUACUUUGACCAGGUUUUAGUGAACAUCGGCAACCAUUUUGACUUGAAGGCCAGCGUGUUCACAGCACCGCGGAGGGGAAUUUACAGUUUCAGCUUCCAUGUGGUGAAAGUGUACAACAGACAAACCAUCCAGGUGAACCUGAUGCACAAUGAAUACCCCAUCAUAUCUGCAUUCGCCGGAGACCAGGACGUCACGAGGGAGGCGGCGAGUAACGGAGUGCUACUGAUGGUGGAGAGGGAGGACCGGGUUUAUCUCAAACUGGAGCGAGGGAAUCUCAUGGGCGGAUGGAAAUACUCCACCUUCUCUGGAUUUUUAGUUUUUCCUCUCUAAUUGCUCUAAAGAUCUACUGACUCUUUUUUAAAAGAGCUUGGAGGUAUUCAUAAUAUGCUGAAUAUGGACCCUGGAGUUUGUGUAUUAAUCUUAUAUAUCCAGACAAGAGGAACCCGUUUGGAUUUUAUAAAAAAAAAAUAUAUAUCUUUCGCCUGAAAAU